AUGGAUUCCAGCUACCUGAAUGAGCUUUGCAAUGAUCCUGGCGUUAAGUGUACCUUUUGUCUAACAGAUGCAGACAGGCAAGAUUCUAUCAAUCUCUUUCUGGGAGUAUUCAAGCCUACAGAAGGAAAACCUCAUCUCUGGGAACUUCCCACUGAUUUUUAUUUGCAUCACAAGAACACCCUUGGUCUGUCACAGACCAGGCGAAGCUAUACUUACUGGUGGACCGCAGGUGUGCUAAAGCAUUUACCUCUUCCCUUUGAUGAAGUGACAUGUCCUGAAAACAGACGCAAGUUGACAGUGAAGAAAUUCCACAAGUGUGAAGAGGAAAUUGAUAUCCACAAUGAGUUUUUUCGGCCAUAUGAGUUAAGCAGUUUUGAUGAGACCUUCUGCUUGGCCAUGACCAAUUCUACACGAGAUUUUAUGCCUAAGAAUGUGGGGAUUGAUCCAAGUCCAUUCACUGUUCGUAAACCUGAUGAAACUGGAAAAUCAGUGUUGGCGAACAAAAGUAAUAGAGAAGAAACUGUGCUGCAGCGCAAAACAGCCGCUAGUGCUCCUCCACCCCCAAGUGAGGAAGCAGUGUCGAGUAGUUCUGAAGAUGAUUCUGGGACAGACAAAGAAGAUGAAGGUGCUGUUUCUCAACGUUCAACUCCAGUAAAGGUGACUGAUACAGGAGACAAUACAAAAAUCACAGAGAAUGUAGUACAAUCAACAAAAGAUGUGUAUGGAGUCAAUCUUUCAGAUGUUCCUUCAGAAGAUGAUCUCACAAUAUACACUAGGUUUGUUCAGCUUGGACAGAGUCAGCAUAAACAAGACAAGAGCAGCCAGCAAUUUUGCUCAAAACACCACUUGGAUAGGGUUAUAAAUUUAAUACCUAUCUCCUCCUUUUCUCAAGACAAUAUUUACGAAGUCCAGCCUCCAAGAGCCGAUAGGAAAUCAAUAGAGGUUUUUCAUGCGCACAUUCAGGCUGGAAGAGGAAACAUGCAGCCACUGGGAAAAGAUGACUUCCUCAUGUACAGAGAGUACAUUCGAAACAGAUACAUGUAAAUACAAGCUGGAUUCUCCUGCCAAGUCUGCUGUACUGAUAGGUCAUAAAAAUUGUUUUAGAAAGGAAACCUAGUUUGGUAUUUUGCAGUAAUAAAUUUAUUAUCUAACAUUUCUAUUUAUUAUGCUUUUCUAUUAUACAUUUACAGUAUUGUGCUUUACAGGAACAAAGGGAUUUAAUAUCUGCUCUUCACCUGAAAGUGAAGGUGUAUUUUAAGAGACUAACUGAAUAAUCAGAGCACCUACAGUCACUGAAAAGUAUGUAGCAAUUUAUAGCAAAGAAAAUAUUACAUCUGUAGGUUUUGUAUUAAUUUCUUACAUUGUUUGCUAGUCAAGUUGAAGUGAUUUGUACAUAAGAAUCAGAAGAUAAUAAUUUUCUUCCUCUUUGUUCCAUGACAGCAAAAUAUCUUUUUUUACAACAGAAUGUUUUCUGAUAUUUCUUGAGAUUUUUAGCAAAGUGCUAAAAUGACUGCUUGUAAUUGACUGCUUUCUUAAGCAGAAGUGAAAAAUGUGUGGCUUAUUUCAACAUCAAAAUUUGCAUCUAGACUAAAAAAGUUUGUGACCCUAAUUUGUGUCAAAACUAACCUUGCUGGUGCUGGUAGCUACAGACUCUCUGCCACAUGCAGGGUGAAAAUGGCUUGUGACUAACUAUGAUGGGCUUCUAGUAGGCAUCUGAGGUGAACCACUUAGUGACUGCAUCUGCAAAUGAAGGAAUGCUCUCCACUUUACUGGGUUUAGUUCUGUCAUUUUUCUCUAUGACAGGCAUUAUCCUUUUUAGAGCAUGAUCUUUCCAUCCCCGUAUUUGUACUCCUGCGAGAUGCUUUCAGGUUCACGCCUGCAGCCUCCCAAGAAAUCCGUAUUAGUGAGGUAUAGAGGCUGGAUCUGCUGCGGUGGUCAGGCAAGGGGUAGCAGUAGCUGGGUUAGACAAGACUGAACAUCAUGCCCAGUGCUAGGUAAGAAGUGGAGAGGAGGCAGGUGUCUGAAAUAGGUUGUUUAAUUUGGGCUUGUGGACUGGCUUAAAACGUUUCUCAACUUAAAAAAAAAAAAAGGGGGGGUGGGGGGAGGGGGAUGACCCCUUUUAUUUACAAUUACAAGCUACAAUUCCCAACACUGCUUUCUAGCCCUUUGCCGUGAAGCAUAGUGACAGUGAGCAGCAUCCUUGACAAAUCAUGUUAUUCCACGAGCUUGUACAGACCAUAUUUCAGGAUUUUCUGGAAUAACUGAAUAAAUGUUUUAGGGAUGUCAGCCAACUGCAUGUACUAGGUGGAAAGAACAUGUUUGUGUUUGUAGUAAAUUGUGUGCAGGCAGCUACCCUAGAUUCUUGGCUGCAUGCUGCAAACAUAUUCUGAAUAUAUUUGUAUAUUUUAUGCAAUAAGUUGUACUUCCAUCAGUAGUUGAAUGAAAGAAAAGAUGCAGUGGGUAAAGGGAAAAGAGAGAAGUUUCUUGUUAUUAAGUCUGUGUCUCAAGGAAUGACUUCUAUGCAGUCAGUGAGAGAACAUGGUACCUCAAGAUACUGAAAAAUUUUGGUGUCCGUUCUCUUUUGUUAAUUAAUAAAUACUGUUUUGAGAUAAAUUAAUGUAUUUUAGGAGAUGUGAGAAUGAAAUCUCACUGUAGAUAAUACUUCAUUGCAACUGUCGGCGUCUUUUUUUUUUUUUCCCUCUGGAAAAAACCUGUACUGAAUUCUUUUGUCCAAUAUGAAAAAUAAUUUAAAGAAAUAAAUGCUUGCUUUGGACAAAUGUA